GCGCGCUGUGUCGCUUGGUGAUGACGUAACAAUAACUUCCCUGGUUCUGCUCCGAGUCGUCAAACGUCAGAUUUGAGUCCGUUAAACUUUCCGUGGGACGUUCACGGUGAAACUACAGGAAUGCACGUGUCGGUGCGGGAAGUCUCCAUCCCUUCGGAGCCUGACUCCUCCUACUUCCUGCGAGUGAACUGGAGGGGGCGGGGCUUAGGUUCAGGCUUCCAGUUGCUGCUGACUGACGGACAGGACGCCUGGAGAGGAGACGUAAGUGAGGCGGCCGUGUGCGAGGAGGCGGAGGAGCUGGAGAUGCAGAGGGAGCGCUACAUCCAGGACCUCGAGAAGGCUCUGACAGAGACAGAAACCUCCACCACGUACAGCUUCAGCCUGACGCCGUCUCCGCCCGACCGCGGCUCCACCGUCACGCUGGCGUAUGAGACGGUUCAGAAGGACAUCUCUUUCCGGUUGGGUUCUGUCCAGCUGAAGGUUGUCCCCGAGCCGGCCGAGGCGGUGAGAGAGAUCCUGAUCCACAGUCUGCAGCGAGGAGACGACCUGCAGCAAAACAACCGAAAACUGGAGGAGGAGAACGAGAGACUGAGGAGAGAGCAGAGACGCAUCACUGCAGAGAUGAAGCGGUAUGCUGGAGGUAAAGAAGAGCUGGAGGCGGAGCUGUACUCGCGCUUCAUCCUGGUCCUCAAUGAGAAGAAGGCAAAGAUCCGCAGUCUGCAGGAAACUGUCACACAGCUGCAGGGAAACAGGAGUUCUGAGGAGAAGAAAAAGGAGCAGUCAGUCAAAUCUGAUCGGACUACAGCUGAGGAGGAGGACGAGUACGGCGGCAGCACCGAUGAAGAGCCGGAGGAAGAGCAGCCGACUCGAGCUCCUGCUUCAUCCACCCGAGAGUCCUCUGCUGCGAGCCCAUUGGACGACAGCCUGAAGGACAUCACAGACGUGGCCCCCUGUCGGAAACGCCGCUUUCGUCACUUGGUAGCCCCCGACCCGGUGGUGAAAAGACCGAGCCCUCAGAGUUCAGAGAGAAAGAGGUAAAACACACCACAACGUCUGCUGCUGCACUUGUUUUGACAUGAGCCGCUCCUCCAUCUCUGUGGUCACGCUUCAUGUCUGCGUCGGAGCGGUUUACUGGCUCUGCAGCGAGGAAACGUCUCAUACGGUGUCAUCAGAUCUGUUCCUCCAGCCUGUGGGUGUGACACCUCAGGACAGAAAUAACACAUUUAUUGUUUUUAAAAAGCUCCUCCCUUC